AUGUUGCCGGAAAGGAAGGAGCACGGAGGCGCACUGACGGAAGACCAGCAGGGACCCCGAGCCAUCACCGGGGCCACGUGUCUGAGCACCCGCCCCGUCCAGGACUUGGGGGGAGACUCGGAGAAGGGACCAGAGGGCGAGCGUGGUGUUGGGGGCCAGCGGGGUGGCUCCGUGCCUCCCACCUGCUCGUCGGGGCCUGGCCCGGCCAGGGGGCGGGUCUUUGGUGGGCGGGGGGCCGUCUGUGGGGCUUGUCUGAGCCCGUUUCUCCUCGGGUCAGGCCCCCCCUCAGCCCGAACGCUCCCGAGGCCCCGGAAGAAGCGCACCGUGUACCUCAAGGAACAGCUGCAGGAGCUGGAGAAACACUUCUGGGCCAACCGGUACCCGAGCUACCAGGAACGCGUGGCCCUGGCAGCCGGGCUCAACCUGGACGAGCACCAAGUGCAGGUGUGGUUCAAGAACCGCCGGGCCAAGCACUCCAGGCUGCCCAAAGGGCGAGGUCGGGGAGCCCACAUGGCGCCAAGGGACCCUGGAGCCCCCAACUCCCGCUCUGUCCCUGCCCCUGUCGCCGAAUCCGCCCCUGUCCCCGAAUCCGUCCCUGUCCCUUUUCCUGUGCCUGCUCCUUUCCCUGCCCCUGUCCCUGCUGGCCCCAUGUUCCCAGGGACCCCAGGCGUCCGCAGCCCCGCUCUGCACGGCCCCUCGAGGAUGCACCCAGCAGCAGAGCCCGGCACCUGCAGCCUGGACCCAGCCUGGUGGGCCCCAGAGAGGGGCUCCCAGGAGUCCGUCCCCGCCCCCGCCCCUGCCUGGCCUCAGAACUCCUUUGGCGCGGACUUUGUGCCAGACCCCUUGCUAGCCCCCAGUUCCACAGCGGUCUUCUCACCCCAAGACCCCCUGGAGGGACCCUCUGGCCCCGUGAUGUCCGGGUACCAAGAGGAAGAAGGCCCUGCAGAGGACGACUCGGAGCUCAUGACGUUACUGAAUUUAUAGGGGAAUCUAUCCCCCAAAAGUCCUCGAGUUCCCGCGGAGCCAGAGGGGACUAGGGUGUCCCGGGCCCGCCCACCCCUCGUCCACGUGGGUGGGGACGUCGCUGGGGGGCGGGGGGUGGUCCGGCCGCGCAGCCGAUCCCUCCCCUGCGGCGGGAACACACCUCGGUC